GAGAGGAGUGAUAGAGAUGAGGAGGGGAAGGAUAGAGAUGAUCGAGGAAAGAAACCGAGGAGGCACGGAGAGAAAGGAAGGCUAAGGGGCGAAGCUCCUAUGAAGAGAGGGACGAUUUAUAUGAUCUCAGGAGGGCCGACGGAUGGCGACUCGAAUAACGCCAGGAGGGAGCAUGCUCAAGCAGUGAAGAGGAAGAGGGAGGAGGUCGGAAUCACGGCUCAUAUGCCAGUAAUUAGUUUUAAAGAAAAGGAUGUCGAGGGAGUGGUGCUACCACACAAUGAUGCUUUGGUGAUUACCGCGGAGGUUGCGGGUUUUAAUGUGAAGAGGGUGUUUAUUGAUACCGGGAGUUCGGUAGACGUGAUGUUUUAUGAUUGUUUCUCGCAGAUCAACAAGGAGCUGAACAUGGAGUUGAAGCCGGUGGCCACGGCUCUAUAUGGUUUUAAUGGAGGAGAAGUGAUGCCGCUAGGCGAGGUGAGUCUGCCGGUGGCGUUAGGAUCAGGAGUGACGAGAAAUGUGCGGAUGGUACGGUUUGUGGUAGUAGGAGCUGAGUCAUCUUACAAUAUUAUUAUGGGGAGGACGAGCCUAAAUGCGUUCCAGGCGGUCGUAUCAACGUACCAUAUGACGAUAAAAUAUCCGGUGGGCGAAAACGUUGGUGAGAUCGCAGGGGAUCAACUUACCUCGAGAAGCUGCUAUCAGACGACAGUGAGUAAUAACAAACAAUUGGCACAGAGGCAGACCAAGCCGAAGGAGGAGGAAAUUAGUCAACUAGGUGGGUCAAGGUCGAAGGAGGACAGGCAGAGACUGGAGAAGGGUAAGGGAAAGGUAGACAUACAGCCAGGAGGGGAGGUGGAGGAGAUCCAGAUGAUCAAGGGGUAUGAGGAGAAGAAGUUUAAAAUCGGGAAGGAGCUGGAGGAGCCAAUCAGAUCGAGAUUGAUUAGUUUG